GUUUGCGGAAUGUGUUUAGGAAGUUUUGUCUUUCACCUUCAACAAUCUUCUAUAUAAAUAUCCGUUUAAUUCUGAGCAAAGUUUGCAGAGCUACAUUGAAUUUGGUUGCACGUUUAACUGAAAUAUUCUACGUCGGUUAAACAACUAACCGAAUGAAGUACAUAGUAGCUCUGUUGUUUAUCUACUCGGUGAGCCUCAUCAAAUCAGAAGAUGAAGGGGGAAUUAUUGGACAUUUACUUGUCGAUAAUGUGGAUUAUGCUUCAACAAGUGAAGGGAGGACAACUGAAGUGAUAGCCAAUAACGACAGAGGAUUAGGAAGAAACAAACAUGCAGAGGCCAUUACAACAGAAGACACGGCUGCUGUCACAACACACUCAGAUAUUUCUGAGCACCGCAGUGAUGAAACACAAUCUCCAGUUCUUCCUGAGAGGAGCAAUAUCUCUUCUGUAACUACUGAGCAGAUGACUGAAGAUACAAGAAGUGAUUCAAAUGUUAUCCGACGGAAGCGACCACUGUCAAUCACGCAUGAUGGAUAUAUCUCAUACUAUCACAACUAUGCUGAUGAGUCGAAUUCCACGGAGAUGCCUGUUCGCCAUACACAGAAACAGACAGAGACAGAGACAGAGACAGAGACGACGACCGAGUCCGAGACCGAGACAGAGACGAAGACCACACAAUCAUCAGCCUUCCCCAGUACGCAUAGCAUGUCUACUGUGACUGAUGAAGAAACAACGCGUCGACCGACUGUUAUCCGACGGAAGCGACCACUGUCAAUCACGCAUGAUGGAUAUAUCUCAUACUAUCACAACUAUGCUGAUGAGUCGAAUUCCACGGAGAUGCCUGUUCGCCAUACACAGAAACAGACAGAGACAGAGACAGAGACAGAGACGACGACCGAGUCCGAGACCGAGACAGAGACGAAGACCACACAAUCAUCAGCCUUCCCCAGUACGCAUAGCAUGUCUACUGUGACUGAUGAAGAAACAACGCGUCGACCGACUGUUAUCCGACGGAAGCGACCACUGUCAAUCACGCAUGAUGGAUAUAUCUCAUACUAUCACAACUAUGCUGAUGAGUCGAAUUCCACGGAGAUGCCUGUUCGCCAUACACAGAAACAGACAGAGACAGAGACAGAGACAGAGACGACGACCGAGUCCGAGACCGAGACAGAGACGAAGACCACACAAUCAUCAGCCUUCCCCAGUACGCAUAGCAUGUCUACUGUGACUGAUGAAGAAACAACGCGUCGACCGACUGUUAUCCGACGGAAGCGACCACUGUCAAUCACGCAUGAUGGAUAUAUCUCAUACUAUCACAACUAUGCUGAUGAGUCGAAUUCCACGGAGAUGCCUGUUCGCCAUACACAGAAACAGACAGAGACAGAGACAGAGACGACGACCGAGUCCGAGACCGAGACAGAGACGAAGACCACACAAUCAUCAGCCUUCCCCAGUACGCAUAGCAUGUCUACUGUGACUGAUGAAGAAACAACGCGUCGACCGACUGUUAUCCGACGGAAGCGACCACUGUCAAUCACGCAUGAUGGAUAUAUCUCAUACUAUCACAACUAUGCUGAUGAGUCGAAUUCCACGGAGAUGCCUGUUCGCCAUACACAGAAACAGACAGAGACAGAGACAGAGACAGAGACGACGACCGAGUCCGAGACCGAGACAGAGACGAAGACCACACAAUCAUCAGCCUUCCCCAGUACGCAUAGCAUGUCUACUGUGACUGAUGAAGAAACAACGCGUCGACCGACUGUUAUCCGACGGAAGCGACCACUGUCAAUCACGCAUGAUGGAUAUAUCUCAUACUAUCACAACUAUGCUGAUGAGUCGAAUUCCACGGAGAUGCCUGUUCGCCAUACACAGAAACAGACAGAGACAGAGACAGAGACAGAGACGACGACCGAGUCCGAGACCGAGACAGAGACGAAGACCACACAAUCAUCAGCCUUCCCCAGUACGCAUAGCAUGUCUACUGUGACUGAUGAAGAAACAACGCGUCGACCGACUGUUAUCCGACGGAAGCGACCACUGUCAAUCACGCAUGAUGGAUAUAUCUCAUACUAUCACAACUAUGCUGAUGAGUCGAAUUCCACGGAGAUGCCUGUUCGCCAUACACAGAAACAGACAGAGACAGAGACAGAGACAGAGACGACGACCGAGUCCGAGACCGAGACAGAGACGAAGACCACACAAUCAUCAGCCUUCCCCAGUACGCAUAGCAUGUCUACUGUGACUGAUGAAGAAACAACGCGUCGACCGACUGUUAUCCGACGGAAGCGACCACUGUCAAUCACGCAUGAUGGAUAUAUCUCAUACUAUCACAACUAUGCUGAUGAGUCGAAUUCCACGGAGAUGCCUGUUCGCCAUACACAGAAACAGACAGAGACAGAGACAGAGACAGAGACGACGACCGAGUCCGAGACCGAGACAGAGACGAAGACCACACAAUCAUCAGCCUUCCCCAGUACGCAUAGCAUGUCUACUGUGACUGAUGAAGAAACAACGCGUCGACCGACUGUUAUCCGACGGAAGCGACCACUGUCAAUCACGCAUGAUGGAUAUAUCUCAUACUAUCACAACUAUGCUGAUGAGUCGAAUUCCACGGAGAUGCCUGUUCGCCAUACACAGAAACAGACAGAGACAGAGACAGAGACAGAGACGACGACCGAGUCCGAGACCGAGACAGAGACGAAGACCACACAAUCAUCAGCCUUCCCCAGUACGCAUAGCAUGUCUACUGUGACUGAUGAAGAAACAACGCGUCGACCGACUGUUAUCCGACGGAAGCGACCACUGUCAAUCACGCAUGAUGGAUAUAUCUCAUACUAUCACAACUAUGCUGAUGAGUCGAAUUCCACGGAGAUGCCUGUUCGCCAUACACAGAAACAGACAGAGACAGAGACAGAGACAGAGACGACGACCGAGUCCGAGACCGAGACAGAGACGAAGACCACACAAUCAUCAGCCUUCCCCAGUACGCAUAGCAUGUCUACUGUGACUGAUGAAGAAACAACGCGUCGACCGACUGUUAUCCGACGGAAGCGACCACUGUCAAUCACGCAUGAUGGAUAUAUCUCAUACUAUCACAACUAUGCUGAUGAGUCGAAUUCCACGGAGAUGCCUGUUCGCCAUACACAGAAACAGACAGAGACAGAGACAGAGACAGAGACGACGACCGAGUCCGAGACCGAGACAGAGACGAAGACCACACAAUCAUCAGCCUUCCCCAGUACGCAUAGCAUGUCUACUGUGACUGAUGAAGAAACAACGCGUCGACCGACUGUUAUCCGACGGAAGCGACCACUGUCAAUCACGCAUGAUGGAUAUAUCUCAUACUAUCACAACUAUGCUGAUGAGUCGAAUUCCACGGAGAUGCCUGUUCGCCAUACACAGAAACAGACAGAGACAGAGACAGAGACAGAGACGACGACCGAGUCCGAGACCGAGACAGAGACGAAGACCACACAAUCAUCAGCCUUCCCCAGUACGCAUAGCAUGUCUACUGUGACUGAUGAAGAAACAACGCGUCGACCGACUGAUAAUUCUACAAGUGAUUAACUCGUCGUCGAUGCAGAAGAUGAAAUUGCCAAGACAAUAUGAUUGAUGUUUUACACGCUGAAAACAAUAUCGUCUUCCCCUUUCAUCACGAAUGAUAAUCGUACAUCUCAUAAACUAAUGAAAACACUUUUACUCAUGAAUUUUAUUUUGCUCUUUGUUUUAUUAAGCUAAUAAUAAAUCUAUAGUCUGCAU